GACACCAGCCCAGAGAGUAACUGGGGUCACCUCUGGAGCUGUGGGCCCUUCGUCCCCGUCUCCUCCGCUGUUUGUCCAUCUGUCCUGGACAGUGUGCAUCUGCUGCCUGGGACAGGGACAGAAGACCCGGCCGUGUAGGCAGAUGCCUUCCUCUGGGCAACAGGUGCAGGUGACCAUGAGGGUGCCGGUGCGUGUGUGAGCCGUGCCCGUGUCCGGCCGUGAGGAUGAAUGUGCGUCCUUAGGGCUCCCCCAGCCAAGCAGAGAAGGCGACUUGGAGGAGCCAGCGGGCACAGCAGCACCAUGGCCUCGGCCGCCUCUGUGGGCAGUCUGCUGGAUGAGGUCAGCUGCCCCAUCUGCCAAGGCACCCUCAGGGAGCCGAUCACCAUCGACUGCGGCCACAACUUCUGCCGAGGCUGCCUGACCCGCUACUGUGAGGUCCCGGGCCCGGAGCCAGAGGAGGCCCUCGCAUGCCCGCUCUGCAAGCAGCCCUUCCGCCCGGCGGGCUUGCGGCCCAACUGGCAGCUGGCCAGCGUGGUGGAGAACAUAGAGCGCCUCAGGCUGGAGCCCAUGCCGGGCCCGGACGAGGAGGACUCGUGCGGGGAGCACGGGGAGAAGAUCUACUUCUUCUGCGAGGAUGACGAGACGCAGCUCUGCGUGCUGUGCCGAGAGGCCUGGACGCACCGGACCCACACUGUGCGCUUCCUGGAGGACGCGGCCCGGCCCUACAGGGAGCAGAUACAGAAGUGUCUUGAGUGUCUAAGAAAAGAGAAAGAAGAGAUUCAAAGAAUCCAGGCAAGAGAAAACCAGAGGACCCAAGUCCUCCUGUCGCAGGUGGCCACCAAGAGACAGAAAGUGAUCUUCGAGUUUGCGUGCCUGAGCCAGUUCCUGGAGGAACAGCAGAGCGUCCUCCUGGCGCAGCUGGAGACGCUGGACGCAGACAUCGUGAAGCAGCGGGACGAGUUCGACGUGCUGGCCAGGGAGGAGAUCUGCCGCUUCAGCAGCCUCAUCUCAGAACUGGAGGGGAAGAGCCAGAGGCCAGCGCGGGGGCUCCUGACGGACAUCAGAAGUACUCUGCUCAGAUGUGAGACCAGGAAGUGCCGGAGACCAGAGGCUGUGUCCCCCGAGCUGGGCCAGAGGAUUCGGGACUUCCCGCAGCAGGCCGCCCCACUGCAGAGGGAGGUGAAGAUGUUUCUGGAGAAACUCUGCUUCGAGUUGGACUAUGAGCCAGCGCUCCUGUCUCUGGACCCCCAGACCUCCCACCCGAAACUCCUGCUAUCUGAGGACCACCAGCGGGCUCAGUUCUCCUACAAAUGGCAGAGCUCACCAGACAACCCUGAGCGUUUCGACAGGGCCACCUGCGUCCUGGCCCGUGGUGGUUUCACGGCGGGGCGGCACACGUGGCUGGUGAAGCUGGACCUGGCCCACGGGGGCAGCUGCACAGUGGGUGUGGCGCGUGAGGAUGUGCGGCGCAAGGGGGAGCUGAGGCAGCGGCCCGAGGAGGGCGUGUGGGCCGUGAGGCUGGCCUGGGGCUUCGUGUCGGCACUGGGCUCCUUCCCCACGCGGCUGGCCCUAGAGGAGCAGCCCCGGCAGGUACGGGUGUCCCUGGACUACGAGGUGGGCUGGGUGACCUUCGCCAACGCUGUCAGCCAGGAGCCCAUCUACACCUACACUGCCUCCUUCACCCAGAAGGUCUUCCCCUUCUUUGGGCUCUGGGGCCGAGGCUCCAGCUUCUCCCUGAGUUCCUGAGAAGGCGUGGCCGCCUUCCUCCAAGUCCAGGCUCACCUGGGGGAACAGAAAUGCGAUGGGCUGAGGACUUGGCAAGGACCGAGGGGGUCCCUGCAGUCUGCUGGUCCAGCUCCUUCCAGGACCCCCAGCGGAUGCCCGUGCAUGGGGGGCGCGGACCCUGGCGAACCCCAGGUCUGGAGCCACAAGACCAGGCACUAGACCACCCUGAGACUGACCAGCUGUGUGAUCUCAGGCAGGGCACGUGUCUUCAUCACAUCUUCUCUCCAAAACUCGAACCCUCCAGAAUCAUUUCCUAUGUGCUGACCGUGAACCAGGAAAAACUUCAGUAUCUGAAGGAACUCAUGCCCCAGGCAGAGAUCAUGGCAGCGAGGUUGACGGAGGCUGGGGUGGGGCCGCCCUGGCCAUUGGGGAGCUCAGAGGACAGGCCCGACCCCCCAGGAGGGCUCUCUGGAAAGGCCAGCUCUGAGAGAUGAGUGUGCUCGGUGAGGAAAGGAAGGAUGGCUGACUGCUGGCCAAUCUGGGCCACGAUCCUCCUGAGACUCUGACACCACUGAGACCUCCCUCACCUGGGGGGUGCUCUUCUGCCUGAGACCAGGUGUGGGCCAUGCUGGGAGGUGAGGCCGUAACCCACAGACCCAAUUUUCCCCUACAGAGAAUCUUACUCCGUUCUGCUGAUCUCCACCUGGGGUCUGGAAAGUGUGGGCAGGGGUGGAGGCUGAGAUGCAGGGGUGCAGAAUCGCAGGCGGGGGGUGGGCUGGAUGACCCUCACCAGAGCUGAUGUGGCUCCAGACAUCAGGGAGAGAGGAGGGAGCCAGGCUCGGAGAAGGGCAUGGGGAGGGCACCAGGAGAGACCCGGCUGCGUGGGGCCGCGUGGCGCCGCGUGGUACGGGGGUGCCAUCCGGUGUGGUUCUGGGAUGGGGACAAGCACUAGAACGUGGAGAAGGGCUUCAGUCGCCCGGGCGGAAUGUUAGCUCCUGUGUGCAAUAAAAGCAUUGUCCUCACA